AUCGAGUAGCUCUGUCAAAGCCUCUUCUGUGUUUUCUUCCUUGGCAAGGAGUCCUUGUGAACGUGUGUACUCCUCAGGAGACAUUAAUGCAUAGUGUGUAUCAGCUGAAGUGAAUUGAAGAAGAUGAAGUUUGCAAAACUAUUCAAGAGGCAAAUGGUCCCGGAAUGGGUAGAAGCCUACAUUGAUUACAAUGGCUUGAAGAGAAUUCUUCGAGAAAUAUUGAAAUACAAGAAGAGUAGGCAGCCUAGAACGUCCUCCAGAGCAUUGCAGCAGAGAGCGCUUCACCGGUCCUUCAGUGGCUUGUCUUGUCACCCUAGGCGAGCUGAGACUGCAGGGGACAUCGAGGACCAAGUGAUUAGAGUUGACAUAGUGCGGCAAGAUGACUCGAGGAAUCUUUAUAGGACAAACUUUCUAAGGAGAUAUGAAGAAGGAGGGGAAAUCGAAGAAACUUUCUUCAGAAAACUCGAUGAGGAGCUGAACAAAGUUGAAAGAUUUUAUCAGGAUAAGGUGGACGAAGUGGUGCGCGAGGCAGCUUUGCUAGAUAAGCAGAUGGACGCACUGAUUGCGAUGAGAAUCAAGGUGCAAGAUCAUGGCAUCAAAAACUUGAAACUGGAGAAACAUCCGUCUGAUAGCGACGCAACGGUUAUGCCUGAGAGCGCAUCGAGAAACCCAGGCAGUGAAAAUACAGAGAUGGCACAUGAUGUUGACAGAACUGGUAUUUCUGAGAUAGAAGCCCUUCAAAUCGGGAACGAAAUUGUCCCCGUUUCUCAUAAUGAUGCUAAUGAAAGGGGAAAUGGUAUGGGUGGCAAUCAGGAUCUCCUUGAAAUACUCGAGCGUGUGAGGAUAAAAAACUCUCUUGAAUCUCGUAUCCCUUCCUUAAGAGGGGUUUUUGGGGAUUCUAAAAAUGAUGAACCAAGUUUCAAGAAAGUACUAAGAAAGGCAGAGGUACAAUUGAGGCUCGUCUUUAUCGAAUUCUAUAAGAAACUACGUCAUCUGAAGGAAUUUAGUUUCAUCAAUCUCCUGGCAUGUUCAAAGAUCAUGAAAAAGUAUGAGAAGAUAGCAUCAAGGAAAGCGUCCCUGGAUUAUAUGAAAAUAGUGGAUAAUUCGUUUCUUGGGAGCUCGGAUGAGGUAACCAGAUUCAUGGAAAGAGUAGAGGUUACUUUUGUCAGGCACUUUUCAAACGCUGAUCGAAGAGAAGGUAUGAAGUAUCUAAGGCCAAAAAUCAAAAGAGAAAGGCACAGAGUCACAUUCUUUUCCGGUUUCUUUUCUGGUUGCUCGGUUGUGCUAGUUAUAGCUGUUGUUUUCAAGAUAGAGAAUAUAAAGAUGUUAGACAAGGACCACGGUCCCGUUUACAUGGCCAACAUUAUCCCCCUUUACAGCCUAUUUGGAUAUGUCAUUCUGCAUAUGCUGACGUACGCAGCGAAUAUAUACUUCUGGAGACGUUAUCGAGUGAACUAUGCCUUCAUCUUUGGAUUCAAGCAGGGGACAGAAAUGGGUUACAGAGAAGUGUUCCUAGUUGGCACUGGUCUUGCAGUGCUUGCCUUGGUCUGUUUUCUUGUAAAUUUGCAGCUUGAUACUGCCUGGAUGAUAAAAGACCGCAAGACCCUUUCUGAAGCUAUCCCUUUGGGUUUGGUUGCUAUUGUUCUUGUCAUACUUUUUUGUCCUCUCAACAUAGUGUAUCGUUCAAGUCGAUUAUUCUUCAUUCAUUCUCUAUUUCGCUGCAUUUGCGCCCCUCUUUACAAGGUUACACUUCCAGAUUUUUUCUUGGCCGACCACCUAACCAGUCAGGUACUGGCAAUAAGGAGUUUUGAGCUAUUCAUUUGCUACUACGGACUAGGAGGAUACUUGAAGAGGCAAAACAAGUGCCAUAAGCACGGCGUUUAUAACCUAUUCUACUUUGUCGUUGCUGUUAUACCGCACUGGCUCCGCUUUCUUCAGUGCAUACGCAGGCUAUGCGAAGAGAAAGAAUGGAUACACGGAUACAACGCGUUGAAGUACAUGUUGACGAUAGUGGCGGUGUUAAUAAGGACGGCAUUUGAGCUGAAGAAGGGGGGAACGUGGAUGAUGUUGGCACUGAUAAGCACGGGAGUGGCAACGGCAAUGAACUUGUUCUGGGACAUAGUGUUAGACUGGGGGCUCCUCCGAAGGCAUUCGAAGAACGCUUACCUAAGGGACAAGCUCAUGGUCCCUCACAAGAUUGUCUAUUUCAUAGCCAUUGUGGUGAAUGUGAUUCUAAGGAUAACAUGGAUGCAGCUGAUGCUGGAGUUCAACAUGAGGCCGCUCGAGGAGAAGAUGGGGAUGUCGACAGUCAUUUCAUGCUUAGAGAUUGUUCGCCGUGGCAUUUGGAGUUUCUUCAGAUUGGAGAACGAGCACUUGAACAACGUGGGAAAGUACAGAGCCUUCAAGUCAGUUCCACAUCCCUUCGAUUACUAUGAUGACGCAACUGAUAAAGACGAAUAGAGUAUUUUUUUUCGAGAUAAAUAUUCUGAACGACAGUUCAACUAUGAACCGCCUUUAAACUUUAUACAUAGAUUAAUAAUUGUUCAUCAUUAGAUCAACGCACUAAACAGUGAAACACUGGUAUAAAGGAUUGAUCUAUUCCUAAAUCAGAAUUUUGGGAAUUCAAAAUUCUGAUAUGGGAAUAGAUCAAUCUUUUUUUUUUAAAGUAGAG